AGAGUCUCUUGUGUUUCUGUGACGUGUUCAGAUCUGCGUCUGUCCAUCAGCCGCAGAUAUCAGACACGCGCGUGCCUGCAGCUCGUGACAGAGUUGCGUGCCUCUCAAACUCACUCUUUUCUUUUUUCUUUCUUUUCUUCAAGCUCUGCUCCUGUCCUCUUUGCAGCGGUGCGUCUCAUCUGAGCCAUGCAGAAGCGGAGGAAGCCCGAGCCCAUCCAGCUCAACCCCAUCCCGGACGGACACACCAUCAACGGCACGGGAGCGAUCGAAGCAAACCUUGAGUCGCUGCAGAAGAAGCUGGAGGAGCUGGAGCUGGACGAGCAGCAGAGGAAACGUCUUGAGGCCUUCCUCACACAGAAGCAGAAGGUGGGAGAGCUGAAAGACGACGACUUUGAGAAGAUCUGCGAGCUCGGAGCAGGCAACGGCGGAGUGGUCUUCAAAGUGUCCCACAGACCCUCAGGACUCAUCAUGGCCAGAAAGCUGAUCCACCUGGAGAUCAAACCUGCCAUCAGGAACCAGAUCAUCCGAGAGUUGCAGGUGCUGCACGAGUGUAACUCCCCAUACAUCGUGGGCUUCUACGGGGCCUUCUACAGCGACGGGGAGAUCAGUAUCUGUAUGGAGCACAUGGAUGGAGGCUCUCUGGACCAGUCUCUGAAGAAGGCAGGAAAAAUCCCAGAACAGAUUCUGGGCAAAGUCAGCAUCGCAGUCAUUAAAGGCCUUUCGUAUCUAAGAGAGAAACACAAGAUCAUGCACAGAGACGUCAAACCGUCAAAUAUCCUGGUGAACUCUCGAGGGGAGAUCAAACUCUGUGACUUUGGGGUCAGCGGUCAGCUCAUCGACUCCAUGGCCAACUCCUUCGUUGGGACGCGCUCGUAUAUGUCGCCAGAGCGUCUGCAGGGGACUCAUUACUCUGUGCAGUCAGACAUUUGGAGCAUGGGACUUUCUUUGGUGGAAAUGGCCAUUGGACGGUUCCCCAUCCCUCCUCCGGAUGCUCACGAACUGGAGCAGAUCUUUGGAGUGUCCAUGGAGGGAGAGGCAGCAGUCGGCGAGUCCUCCCCCAGGCCACGCCCACCAGGCAGAGCACCAGGCUUGUAUGGCCACGACAGCAGACCUCCGAUGGCCAUAUUUGAACUCCUGGAUUACAUUGUUAAUGAGCCUCCACCAAAGCUUCCAGGGAUUUUCAGCUCUGAAUUUCAGGACUUCGUGAAUAAAUGUUUGAUCAAGAACCCAGCCGAGAGGGCGGACCUGAAACAGCUCAUGGUACAUCAGUUCAUCAGGAAGUCUGAGGCGGAGCAGGUGGAUUUCGCCGGGUGGCUGUGCAGCACAAUAGGACUGAACCAGCCUUCCACGCCCACCCAUGGACCAGGCCCUUAAACCCCGGUCUAAAAUUAUUAAGUCUACUUGUUUCAAGGUGCAAUCAGAUCUUAUGUAAACAAGCCAAGUGAAACCCCCUACCGGCCCGCUGUAUGUCAGGCCCGCUCUAAGCCAUGUUUUUAAGAGUCAUAUUUUACAAGACAGAUGCUGCUUUACCUGUGUGCUUGAUAUUUUCUCAUUGAUAAAGUUUGUUAUGGUCAAAUAAAGAGUCUUGUGAGUGAAAGUGAAA